GUAGGGGCAUAACAAAAAUAUUUGAGGCCCAACUGACACCGGGGUUUUAUGGGAAAUGGCUUCCGGUCAUUCCCAUGGUUUGCGGUGAUUCUCCAUUUGAAGGAGGAUCUUGGCCUCGACUCGGUCGCAUCUCAGGUGUUAAUCUCCUCUGUGUUUUUGCCAAUCAAUUUGAAGCCUAUCUAUGGACUGCUCUCAGAUGGACUUCAUCUUGCUGGCAUCUCUCGAUUUCGACAUUUGCUUGUCUGCAGCGUCCUCGUUGCCGCGUCCUGGGCGGCGUUGUUCUGCGUUCCAUUCCUGAGUGCCUCUACUAUUGGCUUAACCGUGGUGCUCUUUGCUGGAAACAUCGCAUCUUCAUGUGUGGAUGUCAUUACCGAUGCCAUUUUAGUCCAGGCCAGCAAAAGUGAAGGACAAAAGUCUGCUGGUAAUCUGCAGUCGUUGGCAUGGCUGUCCGGGGCAGCGGGUGGUGUCAUAGGAGCACUAGUGAGUGGUCCGGCUCAUGAAGCACUGAAGCCUGUAGGGAUGUUUGGCGCCUUUGCGGUUCUGCCUAUUGCGCAAAUUGGUUUGUGCACGCUUCUUGAAGAUCACAAUCGGCAGGAUGCCAGAUCAAAGGUUGAUGAGCAGCAGACGAUAAGGAUGUCAAAGGGCAUUAUACCAUCUGAUUCUUCUCACGGCGUGAAUGAGCAGUCUCGGACACCCGCGAGGCAUGAUGAAGAGGAAAAGGGGAGGGGUAUGGCAGAGACAGAAGGAACUUGUCUCACGGACAUACGGGGCAGCAAAUUACAAGUCCCUGGUGAAGACGAACAGGCGGUCAGGGACGACUGUGCCACACGCGAAGAUCCUGAUAGCAUGAGCGGAUCACAGGAGCGGGAUCCUGAAGCGGUGUACCCUGUUCAACUUCUCGCUGAACAGGGGCAUGGCGGCAAUUUGACAGAAAGACAGAGUGGGGCAGAGGGAUCAGAAGAGUAUGCUGCACCAGAAAGCAUCAGCCAAGUACCCGGUGAUGACGAGUCGAUGAGUUGUAGAGAUUCCAUUAGAGGGGAUCGAUUUCUUCAGGAGACGAGAGGAAAUGAUCCUGUCGCUGCCACUGAGGCGUCAGGUCUUCCAUCCUCCCUCGAACACAAGUUGGAAGACGAGAAACAAUGUUCUCCUGACUGCGAAGGGACAACAAGUGAUAUGAUUGGUGUGCAGAGGAGAGGGGAGAGGAUAGGACGUUGCGCUCCCCAUCAUCACGCACAAAGCAACGAAGGAGUACAUCAUGCUAUGACUCUUCCUGCUGAUGUCAGGAGUGGGGAGGCGAUGGCUGUGCUCGACGAAAGUAGCAGCAAGGAAAGGGAACACACAGAUUAUAGAUCAGUAGAAGGAGCUCCGGCGUCUGUAUUUGAGGAGGCUGGGGAAGAGGUGUUCCAACCACAAGCUAGUAGUAUUGUCUCUGAUUCUGAGGGCCCUCAGAUGGACAAAGAGGUGUUCGAACCACAAGUUAGAAAUACUGGUGCUGGUUCUGAGGGCCCUCCGAUGGACAAGGGUCGUCAGGGAGGGUCUGCCGGCCUUGAUGACGAAUGUAGAAGUAAGGAAGGGGAACAGAUGGACAGCAGAUCAUCAUCAUCAUCAUCAGGAGCUCUGGUGCAGGAAGAGGUGUUCGAAGGACGAGUUGGUAGUUCUGCCUCUGAUUUUGAGGGGCCUCAGCCAUACAAGGUUUGUCAGGGAGAGUCUGUACGACCCACCGCUGGCCUCGAUGGAGGCCAUCCGGAUGCGUGUCAUGAAAGCCCAUGUUCAGACCAUCCGGCCCUUCCAGGGGAUCUCGAUGAUUGGGAGGUGGUUGAGAAGGGGGAGAGUGAGUUGGAGACGCCAGACUAUGUACAGACGUCAAGUGUGCCUGCCACAACUGCCCCGUUGUCGAAUGUGCAUUCUCCCAUUCUUGAGAGAUUGAGAGAGAGGGCUGUAGGAGGAUUGGAGGAUAACGACGCUCUUCGAAAAGAUGCAAAGCUAGUGAUGGAAGUGGGAUUCGAUGCCCCGGCUGCAUCAGGCCACAAGGACAGUCUUUCGAGCGAUCCUGCCACAGAGGAUGUGCAUGGUGAUGUCAACAGAAUGAACACGGAAAGCACUGCAGAUAUAGAUCGUGGAGUUGAGUCCACGCCGCAGCCUGAAGAAAUGGAGAUGUCAGAUGUGGCUGAGAGCUCGUUGCACAGAGGUGAAGCAGAAGCGAUUGGCCAUUGUGUCACAGGGACUGUAGGGGUUGAGAUAGACUCCACCAGUGUACAGACAGACUUAGUAACAGGGUCGGCAAUCGCAGUUGGGUUGGGACAUGAGACAGAAGAGGAGGUGCACAAGGGCCUGCAAACAGCACCCGAUCAACAUUGUGCGUCGAUGAGAGAUGCUGCAUCAGAGACGAUGGCGGCGGAUGAGACUCGCACGCCUGCUAUGGAAGGAGUAAGGUAUGAUGGUAGAAGCGAAGGAAUGGCGAAGGAGGAAGUUUCUGAAAGCGGCGCGGAAAAGCAUCACGAAAAGCGGGAGCAAGGAGACGGUCUCCGUCAAGACGGAGAAAUGACAGGUCCCAACGAAGAGAGCCGAGGAGAGGGGGGUUUAAUGAGAGGUACCGAAAGCAGAUGGGCAGUUGAUGAUGUGGAAGGAAGAGAUGGUGCGCUUGAAGCGAAGGAUGUUGGCACCGUGGACAGCGAGGAAAGCAGUCGGAAGGUGGGAGGGUCGAGCUCUCUGAAUGCCGCAGCGGUCGACAGGGUUGCGGGUGCGAAAGGGGACUCCGAGGUGAAAAGUGUCUCCUGGGGAAGCGGAGAAAAGCAAAGGGUGAGGGAAGGCGGGCUUGAGGUUUCGGGUGAUGGAAUAAGGCAGAGGGUGACGGCAAGGCAGGUUUCAUCAGAGGAGGAGAUUGAUGUACAGAAGGUUGGGCAGAGGGAAAGAGGGAGUGAUGCACUGUUGGAAGUUGGAGAGAAGAUGAAACGUCGCAAUAUACAAGCUGAAUUGCUGAGGAAGCUUUGCCUACUGUGGGAGACACUGAAGAACCCAACCAUCCAUAGGACGCUUCUUUGGUACUUCCUGGCAGAUGCACUUGUGCCAGCUGUUGGAAACUGUGUCACGUACUUUCAGCUUGAUGUGCUCAAGAUGGGGGCUGCAUUUUUGGGAUAUUCACGUGUGCUUGGAUGGGUGGGGCUUAUAGCUGCAACACUCAUAUUCAACCGCUACCUCAAGGGCGCAAGGAUUCAACCAUUUGUAUGAUUGAUGCCAUUUUUUGUAUAUUCUGCUCGCGUCUGUCCUCCGGGACUAGAGGGUUCCCUCUUUGCCGUUUACACGUCAAUAUGCACCAUCGGAGGCACAAUUGGUGCGUAUCUGGGCGCCGCUCUUGCCGGAAGACUCAACAUUUCCUCGGAAUCGUAUGAUAACCUGGCGCUAGGAGUAGCUAUUCAGUCGGCAUGCUGCUUGCUUCCCCUUCUGUUCCUCUUCUUAAUUCCUUCAGGUAUUUGUGCAGUCCCUCCUCCUGAUUCUUGUCCUCCUGAAGGUGGACAGGAGAAGAAGGCAGCGACUGCUCAACUGAAGGAGGAUUAACACUGAAUGCGUCUUCAGCUACCUUAGCGUCGAAAUCCUGUCGAGUUUUGAGCAAAUGCUUCCUCAUCAACAUAUGAGAACGGAGAACCAUUGCUGUCCUACCACACCAGGCGGGUCUACUCGAUACUGUUUUUUCAGAUGCUGUCUGUCAGAGAACGCUGCAGUUCCCCGCAUGGCGCAUAUGGAAGUCUUGUUGGCCGGGCGCUUUACUCGGCUUCUCACAUGUGCUUUUCUUUGCUCAUCAUGAAAAGGCAGGUCCUCUGGUCAGUGUACUCUCUUAUCUUGGUUGCAGACCGCCUUGUCGCAGCAACUGUUCACCACAUCAUCAGAGCAAGUGGUGAUUGCAUGCUUUGUACUGUGUAGUGUGCUUGUAUGAACGUAUCUUGUUGUGAUUCUUGUGAUUGAUAGGCUCAUUACGUGCAUAAGCUAACGGGCUACACAACUUGCAUGCGCACACAAACUUUCAGCAGUAAUUUGGAAGUCGACCGUCCUUAGGCCAGACGCAAGGUCAGCCCCCCCUUUUAGUGGCCCCUUUUAGUGGCCCCUCUUAGUGGCCCCUUUUAGUGGCUCAUAGAUCAUAGGAUGUACUCCUUCUCAACCCUCAUGGGUGACUGAAGUCCGCAGCUACUGAAAGAUGGGGCCGACCUUGCAUCUGGCCCUUCGAGGGAAGAAAGCGCUCACUGGAUACAGUGGAUAGGAAUGGGGAAAAAUAUAGCAGCUGGACGAGGUCACCUGGUCGGCUUUCGGAUGUUGGACGGCUAUUCAAGUAAGGGAUGUGAUGUAGAGAUAACCAGCCCAAUGAGAAAGCGAUGGUUGACUAGUAUCACUGGCGGCUUUCCGAUGUUGGACGGCUAUGUUGGUGCUCGGCACUCGUUUCUGUAAUGAUUGUCCAUUGGCGAUGAGCGCACGGCAGACUCCAGUGCGUGACUGGACGGCAACGAGGUUCCUGUAUUGGUAUCGGACGGCUGUUGGCUCACGUGAAAUUGUUAAACCCGCAGUGAUCUGUUGUUAGCUCAUGUGAACAAGCAGUAGUGAUCGGUCGUUGGGUCGUGCGAACGAUCAGUCGUCGGCAGUGGAAACAAUGCCCGUCAGUGAUUGGAUAUCCUGAGCAAGCUGUCAGGAGCCAGCUAUUCGCUAUCAGUUGCCACCAACUGGCUAUUGGUUAUCAGGAUCCAUCUAUCACCAACUGGCUAUUGGUUAUCAGGCGCCAGCUAUUUGUGAUCAGCUAUCACCAACUGGCUAUUGGCCAUCAGGAGUCAGCUAUACUGGCUAUCAGCUAUCACCAACUGGCUAUUGGCCACCAGGAGCCAGCUAUCGGCUAUCGGCUAUCGUCAACUGGCUGUCAACUAUCAGCAGCAAGCUAUCACCAGCUGGCUAUUGGCUAUCAAGGGUCAGCUAUUGGCUAUCUGCUAUCAUCAACUGGUUAUUGGCCAUCAGGAAAAAAAAGCUAUUUUCUAUCAGCUAUCACCAACUGGGUAUCGGCUAUCAGCAGCCAUCUAUCACCAACUGCUAUCAGGAGGCAGCUAUUGGUUUUGGGCUAUCAGCUAUCAUCACCAGCUGGCUAUUGGCCAUCAGGAGCCAGCUAUUGUCUAUCAGCUAUCAUCACCAGCUGGCUAUUGGCCAUCAGGAGCCAGCUAUUGGCUAUCAGCCAUCACCAACUGCCUAUCCACUAUCAGCAGUCAGCUAUCAUCGGCCGGCCGUUUGCCCUUAGGAGUCGGCAAUUGGCUAUCAGCUUACACCAACUGGCUAUUGGCCAUCCGGAGGCAGCUAUUGGCUAUCAGCUAUCACCAAAAGUAAUGGUGGUAUACAGACCAUCACCUAUCUGCUCCCUGUUCUCAGGUAUCAGCUGCUGAUGAUAUACCAUAUAGCCACAGCUAUCAGCAAUUGCCAAUGAGCAAUUCCCUGUCAGCAACUGGGUAUCGAUUGAGCCACAGCUAUCCGGAUUUAGUCUAUUUUGCCUUAUCAGCAAUGGACUCUGUGCUAUGGCCUAUUGGCUAUAUCUGCCUUCGUUAUCACGUAUCAGCUAUGGAGAUUACUUGUGAUUUCGUUUCUUCGGUUAUCGCGUAUCAGCUACGGAGAUUACUUGUGAUUCCGUUUCUUCGGUUAUCACGUAUCAGCUAUAGAGA